AUGUCUGCAGCGCCCGGAGUUUUGUGUUCAAUUUGCAUGGAAUGCUUCAAUAAGGAUGACUGUGUAGACAGUAAAAUCUGCGGGCAUAUGUAUCAUAGUACAUGCAUUCAGAAUUGGCUCACUAGAUCGAAGCAAUGCCCGAAAUGCCGUAUGAAAUGCCGAGGCACUCGCAAAUUGUUCCUUGAUUUCGAUGAUACUGGAGAUGAGGCAGCAAAGCAAUUCGAAAAGCAUUAUCUCGUUUUACAAAAAGAUUACACGGAAGUCAAUGAAAGCAAUAAACAGAUUAAGGAAGAAAAUCGAGUCGACUUUAAUGUCCCAAUUAAAGAUGGUAAAGUUGUGUGUAAUCAACGUAUUUUAGCCGCUUUAGACAGCGUGAAGUAUACUUUUUCGGAAAACGCCAAAUCUGUUGUUUUAAUGUCUCACUUUAGCCGCCCUGACGGUAAUAAAAAUCCUAAAUAUACAUUAUCACCUGUGGCUGAAGAACUGAAAACUUUACUGGGUAAAGAAGUGGUUUUCUUGAAUGACUGUGUUGGCUCAGAGGUAGAGGAGAAGUGUAAGGAUCCAGUAGAAGGCAGUCUUAUACUAUUAGAAAAUCUUUGCUUCCAUGUGGAAGAAGAGGGCAAGGGUGUCGAUAAUAGUGGAGCUAAGGUUAAGGCUGAUGCUGAGAAGGUGAAGGCUUUCCGUGAAAGCUUGUCCAAGUUAGGCGAUGUUUACAUAAACGACGCCUUGGGCACAGUCCAUCGCCCUCAUAGUUCCUUGUUGGGCGAGGGUUUCGAAAAGCGUGCCGUGUUUCCGUUGAAAUUUAAAGGAUUACGAAUGACUUUUGUGACCGUGUGUGAUGAUAGCAGUGUUGAGCAAGGUUUGUGCCUUGAAGAAGAACAGUUCUAG